GGUAUAUAGAAGCCUGAGGCUCGGAGAUAAUCGGCCAUUCACAGUUAAUGCCGCGGCCAGCACAAAUAACAAUCCGCGGAGAUGAUGACCUUCGCGAUAAUGGGAAAGUUACAUUAGACUUAUCGAUAUACUAGAAGGCUUGAAGACGGCAAAAUCAUUAUGGAUAGCCAAAUAUCAAGGUCAACUAGCAAAACAAGUGAAGGACAAAAGGUGCCGAGAAAACGCCUACAACUAAGUUGUGGGGAAUGCAGGAAAAAGAAACUUUCAUGUGAUCGUAAAUUACCUUGCCAAAGAUGUGUAAGGUCCGGGCGAUCAGGACAAUGUUCAUUCGAAACAGGUCAGCCAUCUGUAGCGAUGUAUGAGCAGGCUAUGCAUAUACGAACCCAGCAGCAAGCUCAGAAGAAUAGCGAAGAAAUUCAAAAACUCCGGUCCGAGGUGGCACAUUUGACAGAAUUGGUAUCUAAGAUUCAUUCACAAAAUGAAGCUACUAUUGUAGCAGAGUCUGUGGCUGCUAUCGGUGUCUCCGAAAUGAGCUACGGGUUGCCAUCAGACGAGUUUUGCGGGGAAGCUCAUGGAUCUAUUAUAGCAAUCGAUAAUAACCUUAUUCAUCCGAAAGAGAGAGCUCCUCCCAGCUACUACACCCAACACCAUCUUUUUCGCUUCUUUGAAGAGAUUCCCGAACUCUUUCCGUUCAUGAAAGAAACGUGUGAAGAAUUGUUGGAACCUCAUGGAGUUCGUAUUAGAAGGGAUAAAUCUACUCGGAAUGAUUUACAAGCCCGUAUUCAUUGCGAGGCAGAGUGUCGGAUGGAGGAUAUCCUUCCGCCAAAAGACGUAGUGGAUUCUUUAGUACUGUCGUACCUCAAUAAUUUUGAACAACUACACCGUAUUGUUCACAUUCCUACCUUUAACAAAGAAUAUGCGGAGUUUUGGCUGUCUGGAUCGACUCGUCAUUCUACAAUGACGGCACUGAUCCUCUCUAUGAUAUCUAUCUCUGUAUGCAUUCCCGCCAGCUACAAUAGUCUCACGGCAAACAAUCAUCAAACAGUCCCAGAUCAGUGGAUUUCCGCAUGUGACAAAUGGUUAAGAGGGCAAAGUUCAAAUGGCCGUGAGCUUGUGCACUAUCAAAUUGCCUGUUUAAUGUAUCUUGCCAAACGGAUGCACAUGGUUAGGAAGAAAGGGUGGUGCAAAGAUACGAGUUCUUUGCUCCAAAAUGCAAUUAUGGAUGGGUUACACCGAGAUUCAACUUCAAGUGACGAUACAAUCUUCACGCGAGAGAUGAAAAGACGGAUAUGGGCUGUUAUUCGCGAGCUCGACUUGCAAAAUUCGUUUGAGGCUGGAAUUCCAACUCUCCUAAACACCAUUGACGCCAAAUCUGCUACUCCUGGAAACAUUGAUGAUGAAGAGUUUGAUGAGACCUCGAAAAUACUUCCAAUCUCCAAUUUAUCCGACAAACAUACCCGAACAUCUUAUCAAAUUCAUAGCUCUUAUAGUUGGGAGUUGCGUUUAGAAGUAUCUCGGCGACUUUUUGCCACAGGAUCACCAAAAGUAUUGAGCUACGAUGAAGUCUUGCAAUUGACCCAUCAAUUGACUCAGGCGAUUCACUCCCUCCCAGCUUGGGAUGAAGUCAAUUCAGGAACAACACGUCAUACCUGUUCGCCUAUCCUUACUCAUGCAUUCCUGAAUUUCCAGCUUAGUGAAUGUAUUAUAGGUAUUCAUCGACCCUAUCUCAAGAGAAAAAAUUGCAAGUUUUGGCUUUCUGAAAACAUUUGUUACCAGAUAUCUCGGGAUAUACUUCUACUCAAUUUAAAACUGAUGAGCACAGGAGUUCAGUGUGUAACAUUGCUCAGAGAAGAUCUUUUGUUGGCUUCAUUAACGCUCACUCGCGUCACGAUGCUGCAGCCCAAAGGCUCAAGCAGUAUUAUUAUGAGUGAUUCCGCUGCCAUUAUUGAUUUCCUCAAGCAAUGCCUUCCUACUAUGGGUAACGGAUAUCUUUACGGAUUUCAUAAAGAGCCUUGGUGUUUUCUGACUAUGGCUACUGCUAUCAAAUUACUUGAAAUACAUGCAGGCGAGGGGUGUCUAGUGACUGGUAAGCUCGAUGUUUCACAGAGGAUUUUAGAGCUAUAUCACAAACAUAUCGAAAACCAAGGUCAUAGAUCGAACUUUAUCCGGCAAAAUUCUAUUUCACGAAUGUCCGCAGAGUACAUUAACACCCAUGGGCAAUCUGCCGUGCAUGGAGCCGUAGAGUUUCCGGCUUCCUCGUGGUUACCCUUUUCUGCCUUUGAAAGUGAUCCAUUUGAUCUAGGUAUGGACCUAGGUAGUAUGUGGGAGUUUUAAUAGUGUGCUGGGGUUCAUAAGUCCAAUGUAGCUAGCGGCUAAUUGGGAGUAAAUCAGACUACAAAGAAUACGAAUAGAGCUCAGGACAGACCGAACUAAGUGUGUAUCUUCGACGCGAAGUUCUGUUCGUGCAUCCGUGCUCCAAAAUGUUGAAUUGGCAUUUUUAACUUAACUCCGAGCACGCGAGGUACUUUCCAUUUUUUUAUUAGAUUCAAGACGCCCAUCUCAUCAAAUCAACUUGCAACGUAUGAAAAGUCAAGCAGUAGUCCCCAAAAAGACAAAUUCUAGCUGCAAUUUCCACGAUUUAAAGACA